AUGUUUUCAUUUCUAAAAAAGAAAAAAGUAAAAAAAUCCGAUAAUCAACAACAGCAACAGCAACCACAACAACAGCCACAACAACAGAUAAUUCCAAUUAUUAAUGAAAAUAAAGAAAAUUUAUUAACUCGAACUGACAAACAACAACAACAACAAUCACAUUAUCAUCAUGAUACUGAAUCAGGUGGUUUUGAUUGUUCAUCAUCUGCUGUAUUGCAAUCAUCGAUUUCACAAAAAAAAACUUCAUCUUCUCCUCGAACAUCAUCACCAAUAGCAUACGAUAAAAAUCUUUCAACAAUACAUCCAAAUGUUGAUCAAACAUCGAAAAUUCAUGUUGAUACGAAUCAUAAUCCAUCAGAUAAAUUAUUACAUAUAUGUGAUUCAAGCGAACCAAGUCCCCGUGAUUUAACAGACAUUACUUUAUCUAGUUUACCACCACAUAAAAGUUGUCAUGUGACUUCAAUGAGUGUAACAUCACCGAGUCAAAUAGGUGCAAGUGAUCUUAAUCGAAUCUUAACAUCAGGUUAUAUAAAUGGUGAAGAAAACAUGGGUUAUAUGAAAAGAGCUGGUGAUCAUAUAGCUUCACAUACGAAGUCGCCACAUUUCCAUCGACCAAUCGGUUUUUCAUAUAAUCGAACACAAACAUUUACUGUACCAGGAACUAAAAAAGGCAUGAAAGCAUUAGUAACUGGUCAAACAAAAAUUCGUAAAAUACAUUGUUCUGUACCUCAUACAUCAUCUCCUAUAUCAUCACAAUCAAUAUCUUCGAAUCCAAAAACUUUAACACAUGAUUCAACAUCUCCAACACAUCAACAAGCACCAUCAAUUGAUGAAGAACCUAUUGUUCUUUCACGUUAUUCAGGUGGUUUUAUACCUGAUCCAACAGCACCAAAAAAAAUCGAAUCACUUGAUUGGCCAGCACCUAUAGCUAUACAAGCUGUACCAGAAUUAAUGAAAUCUCAUCGUAGUCGAAGUGAAUCUCGUACUGAAUCACAUGCAAAUCGUUCUCAUCAUCAUAGUCAAACAACGCCGAAAAAACAAACAUUAUCAGCAUCAUCAUCAACAACAUCACCUCAUCUUCCUCAAUCUUCCGAUGAUCAUGAUCAACAACGUACAACAGAUGAUAUAACAAUAACAAGUGAAAAUUUAAAUGAUGAUGAUGAUGGUGAUACAACUGAUGGUGAAAUGCGUCAUGAUAUACAAUUAGAAAAAGAUAUUAAUGUUAUGUCUAAAUUGAAAGAUACAUCAGGUAUGGCACAUGCUUUAUUGGAAGAUUUACGUUUACAAGAAAAAUUAAUCUCAAGACAAUUACCCCUUGAUCCAUGGAAAGCAUCACGUUCGCCAUCAGCAGCUGUUGAACCACCAAAGCGUUGUCGUUUUGAUUCACCAAAAUUUGCAUCGCCGUCAAGACGUGUUCAUACACAUUCGUCAUCAACAACAAAUCCAGAUGAUAGUCUUGCUGGUUUAUCAACAUCAAUAUCAACAACACCUGCCGGUGGAAAACGUGUUACAUUACCAAGAUAUCAUCAACAAAUUCUUCGACCUGGUUAUGGCUUAACACCAUCGCCUAAAGCUCAAACAUUACCAACUUGUCUUGAUAUGCAAAGGAGUUGUGAUUUAGAUUCAACAGAUCUUGGCACUACACAUUCAUACUAUUCACAUGAUGGAGAUCACACUAAAUCAGUGAAGACUGUUGACGUUGGUGGUGGUGGUGAUCGUCGAUAUUUAGAUUCUCAGCAUGCACAUUCAACUCAUUCAGCUCCAACAUUAAUGAGUAAUCCAAAACUAUAUACAUACGAAGAAUUAAAAGUAAUGUCUAAGAAACGAUUACCGUCAGAUGUUGAUCGUGAUCGUCUAGAGCGUCAUCUGUCUGAUAAUGAAUUUCAUACAUUAUUCCAAAUGACACGAUCCGAUUUUUAUCGUCUACCAGAAUGGCGUCGUAUUGAUCUGAAAAAACGCUUUAAACUUUUUUGA